CACCUCCUCUGUCGUACCUCCUCAAGUCUAGUAUAUCUUUUAAUCAUGGCUUCUCUAGUCAAAGGUCUAGCUGGCGACCUCACGGGCUCUGCAGACGUGUGCAAGAUCGUCGCUGACUUCUCCAAGUGUUUAGCGUCCGAGUAUCUUCUACCAAACGAGACGAUCGCCUUCUCGAUGGUCUCUGUAAAGGAAGAAUUCACGUUCACGAACAUGGCGUUGAUCCUACUUGAAGGGGAGAACGCUACCACUACCCGCAAGCUCAUAGAACGCUAUGACUACAAGGACAGCACCAUCCAGCACGUAAAGUUUGAGAGUGCCGGUCACGUGGAUCGCGACUGCGAGAUCAAGUUCCACAUCGGCGCCAAGAGCAUCUCCAUCGACAUUGCAAAGGGCGAACAGACCUCAGCUCAGGGCAUCUACAAGGUGCUGGAGCUGCUGAGUCGAGCUCAAGUCGCAAACGAGCGUCUGUGGGAGAUUAGCACGUUGGGUAUCAAGCACGCGAGUGAAGCUUUGUAUCUCACUGAGAACAGCGGCCAAACGCUCCAGAAACAGUCGGACGAAGCGACUGCGUGGCUAUACGGAGCCUACAAACGUACCCACCCGCAUUGUUACCGUGAAGUCAUUCGAUCGGCCUUCUCCGACCUCCGUCUUGUGGACAAGAUGGCACAAUAAGCUAGUUAACUUGGCAAAUUAAAAAAGGUUAAUUCUGA